AUGCUAGUAAUGGAUAAACUUCAAUAUCCGAAUGGAUGGAUAUGUUUAAUGCCAUCCCAACAUCUGCGCACAAAUGAGGUCAAGCCUUUUGAGAUGUGUGGCCAACAAUUGGUGGCAUUCAGGGGUGGAUCGGGUGCUGUCCACGUGUUGUCCGCCUAUUGUCCACAUUUGGGCGCAAAUUUUGGUGUCGGCGGACAUGUGGUGACUGAAUCGGGCGACGACUGUAUUCAGUGUCCAUUUCAUGGCUGGAGGUUUGGAGGAGACGGACAAUGCAAACGCAUACCUAAUAUCAAGAAUUCUGAGUUAAAUGCAUUAAAAGCUAAUGUAAAGAACUGGUUGACAGUUGAGGCAAAUGAAAUAAUCUAUGUCUGGUAUCACAACGACGGGAUUGACCCUCAGAAUUAUCCUAAUAAUUUUGUUGCCAACAUAUAUCCAAAAUUGAAAAUGUUAGGAACAUUAAAGCGAUUAGUAUACCAACAAUUUCAGCAAAUGGAAGAGAAUGGAGUGGACACAGUACACUUUUCCUAUCUGCAUAACAAAUUUGUGCCGGGAUUGUUGAAUGCAGAGUACGUUUUCAACAGCGACUGCGGUGCGGGUCCGGCGCCAGUCUUCACAGGGCGUGUGAUUUAUAAAAUGUUUGGCAAAGCGGUGGGCACUACGCCUAUAAUCAUACGUACACUUUCACCGGUAGCUGUGCUGGUGGAGGUGGGCAAAGAGAGCUCGUUCAUUGGUCAGAUUGUGACAUUAGGUGAUGAAUUUGAUGUUUUAGUUAACUCUAUGAGACUUCGACGCCCGCUAUUAACCCGUCAUAAUCAGUCUAUACUUGUCUACAGACUAUAUCAAAGUAACCUUAAACUGCAAUAG